AUGGAUUGGCUAACAUCGUCGUCACUGCAAACAGCUCCAGUGAUGACGUCUUUAUGGUUGGCGGCACUGGCAGGAAUAACCUACUCGUUCUCUCUUGCAAUUUAUCGACUCUACUUUCAUCCCCUAGCCAAAUUCCCUGGGCCUAAGUUGGCCGCGGUGACUAGCUGGUAUGAAUUCUAUUACGAUAUCAUCGACCAAGGAACCUUUGUCUGGGAGAUUAAGCGAAUGCAUGAUCUUUACGGCCCUAUUGUUAGGAUAAACCCUCAAGAACUACACAUACUCGAUUCGAAAUUCUACGACACAAUAUACGCACCAGCAUCCAAGAAGCGCGACAAGUACGCCGACUGGGUUGUCUUCCUUGGAGUUCCAACGGGUGUCUUCGCAACCUGCCAACAUGACCACCAUCGUAUUCGACGCCAUGCAUUAAACCCAUUUUUCUCCAAAAAGGCCAUUUAUGACAUUGAAGGGCUGAUUCAGGAAAAGAUUGAACAGCUCUGCGCCCGAUUCAAGGACGCUUCCUUCUCAGAAUCCAUUAUUCGUCUUGAUGCGGCUUUAAUGGCGCUCACCAAUGAUAUUAUCGCUCAUUAUUGUUAUGGGGAAAACUACAACUGUCUUGGACAGGACGAUUUUCGGGUUUCUUUCAAGGACACCUUGAUGACUGCGGUGGCUGCAGGAGCAUUUGUGAGACAUUUUCCAUGGGUGGCUUCCAUCAUGAGUGCGACUCCAACUUGGGUGGUGCGCUUGAUGAGCAAAAACCUUGCUGCAUUGCUGGAUUGGGAACAAAUCAUUAAACAACAAGUUGGGAGUCUGAUAGGACGGAGAAAAUCUGGAAAGGAAAUCACCGAGCGGUCGAUCUUCCAGGCAUUGCUCAGUAGUGACUUGCCUGAAGAGGAAAAGUCUUAUGCGCGACUACUCGACGAAGGCAAGUCAUUAAUGGGUGCUGGUAGUGAGCCAACUUCGUGGGCUUUGACCCUGACUAUAUUUUACCUAUUGGAAAACAAAGAUAUUAUGCAGAAGUUGAGGGAAGAGCUACGUGAAAUUCCCCGUGAGGGACCAUUGUUACGCAGUUUGGAGCGAAUGCCUUAUCUAACUGCUGUAGUCAAUGAAGGCAUUCGUUUUGAUCACGGAGCUGUGGGCCGUCUACCUCGUAUAGCCCAUGAGGCUAUCCAUUACAAAGACUGGAUCAUCCCAGCUGAGACGCCGAUCAGCUCAACCAACUACUGGGUACACAUGGAUACCAACAUUUUUCCCGAACCUGAUCAAUUCAAGCCGGAGAGAUGGCUCAAAGCCGACGAAGAAGGAUUUCCGCUUCAACGGUACCUUGUCUCUUUCAGCAAAGGUAGCCGGCAGUGUGUUGGACUUAACCUUGCACAUGCCGAGAUGUACCUGACUCUAGCAGCACUUGUAAGCCGAUUUGACAUGGAAUUGUAUCAAACUACAUUGCAGGAUGUCCUGCCUGCUCGCGACCUUUUUGUUCCAAGACCAAAGGCUGAUUCGAAAGGAGUGAUGGUCAAAGUAAAAGUAAUUGGCAAUUAA